CCGCCCCUCCUCGGCGGGGGGGGGAUCCUUGGGCGGCGGAGGCGGGCGAGGCAGGUGCGCGAUGCGAAGGAGCGCGGAAGGGAGACGGUCCAGUCAGUUUCCACCAGCUGCCAGGGAGAGCAUGACCCAGACACAGGUUUCCAGGAGCUGAAAGAGGCCUGACCGCCCUGCCCCCGCCAUGUCUUACUUUGCGGAGCACUUCUGGGGAGAGAAGAACCAGGGAUUCGAUGUCCUUUAUCACAACAUGAAACAUGGGCAAAUCUCGGCCAAGGAGCUGGCGGACUUUGUGCGGGAAAGGGCGGCUGUGGAGGAGGCCUAUGCCAAGUCCAUGGUCAAGAUGUCCAAGAUGGCCGGCAACAGCACGCAGCUGGGGACUUUUGCUCCCCUCUGGGAAGUCUUCCGCAUCUCCUCGGACAAGCUGGCACUGUGCCACGCUGAGCUGGUGAAGAAGCUGCAGGAUCUCAUCAAGGAGAUUGGCCGCUAUGGGGAGGAGCAGCUACGAGCCCACAGAAAGUCGAAGGACGAGGUGGCUGGGACCCUGGAGGCCGUCCAGCAGCUUCAGGGGGCUGCCCAGCACCUGCCUAAGGCCAAGGAGGCCUUCCACAGCCGAUGCCAGGAGCUGGAGAGGCUACGCAGGGAGGGGGCCAGCCAGAAGGAGAUGGACAAGGCAGAGCUGAAGUCCCGAAAGGCCGUGGACGCUCUGCGGCGCACCGUGGAGAAGUACAACGUGGCCCGGGCUGACUUUGAGCAGAAGAUGCUGGACUCGGCCGUGCGGUUUCAGGAGGUGGAGGAGUCGCACCUGCAGCACCUGAAGUCCCUGGUCGGCUCCUACAUCCACUCAGUGGAGGACACCCACGUCCAGAUUGGGCAGGUGCAGGAGGAAUUCAAGCAGAACAUGGAGAACAUCGGGGUGGAGACGCUGCUACGCAACUUUGCCGAGAGCAAGGGCACCGGCUGCCACCCGCCAGGGCCCCUGGAUCUGGAGGAACUGAGCAUGAUGUCCUCCUCGCAGGAAGGGCCCAAGCGCAGCCGCAGCAAAGCCUUCCGCAUUCCCGGACUCGGGCGCAAGGAGCGCGGGCGGGACUUGGGGGAGUCUCCGGAGGCGGAUUCGGGGCCCCCCGAGGUGGACGAGGAAGGCUUCACUGUCCGGCCCGAAAUGAACCAGAACGGCGAACACAGCAGCCGCUUCUGCUCGUCCAGCGACUCAGAUUAUGACGAUGAGGACCCCCCCAAAUUCUAUAUCCGGAUCAAGCCCAUCCAGCCGCCCGAGCGAGUGGGCAGUGCCGCCACCUCGGCCGCCACGGAGCAGCUGAAGGCCUCAGUGGGCAGCCUCAUCCUGCCGCCCUGCGUGGGGGGCACCAUGAAGAGACACUCCUCCAGGCACUUGAAAACCUUCCCUUCGGCUGCUGCGGUGCCCACCGACUCUGGCCCGGCCCCAGGCGCAGGAGAGCGAGGUGGUAGACCAGGGAGCGCUGCGACCCCCAACCUGGUGCCCCGGAUGAGCAGCUGUGACGGGCAAAGCAAGCCUGAGGCCCUUCCUGCCAGCGCCUUGUUUGGGCCCCCCCUGGAGUCGGCCUUUGAAAAUGAAGCCUUCGCAGCCCCCAGAGCCUACCUGCUGGCCUCCAGCCCCUCCCCCUUCUCCUCCUCCUCCCCCGAGAACGUGGAAGACUCUGGCCUGGACUCCCCCCCCCACCUGGCCAUGGGACCCUCCCCGGAUUCCCGCCUGUGGAGCUCCCGGCCGGCCACGCCCCUGAGCCCCCCCGGGCCAAAGGACCCCCAAGGGGGCCAUCGUGUUCCGGGGCAGCCGCGGGACCCUUCUGCCCGAGGACAGACCCAACCCCUGGCUGCCUCAGCCCUCAGCCCCCCAGGAUGCCCGUUUCGGGGCAGAGCCAGACUGGGCGGGAUCCGGGGCCUCGUGGCCCCCUGCAGGGGCCCGGGCCUUCUCCACUUGCUCCCCUCAGCGGGGACUCCACCAGCCCCUCUCCCUGGGCCCCCCGGGGCCGCGACCUGGACAGCCGGGGCCCCUCUGCCUCCGAUGCCUCCUCUGAGCACGGGAGAGAAGAACCAGGGAUUCGAUGUCCUUUAUCACAACAUGAAACAUGGGCAAAUCUCGGCCAAGGAGCUGGCGGACUUUGUGCGGGAAAGAGUCUGUAGCUGCGGUUGCAAAACGGGAAAAAACCCCACCCUGGCCCAGCUGGCAGCCCAAGGAAGGCAGCAGAACUCGCUUCUGGGCCCCGGAGAAAGCCGCCGGGGGUCUCUGAGGGAGCUGUGGCUCUUUGCUGACCCCAUCAGGCCUGGCAGCUUGGGUGCAAAUGUUGGCAACUGUGGAGGAGCAGACGGUCAGGCCGGGUGGGCGGGAAAAGGGAGGCAGGAGCAAGCCGGUCGAGAGUUUCUCCAGAGGGGCAACAGCGAGACGAAGCCUCCCCCCCUUCAGAUCUCUUCCCGGAUCGCCGUUUAUGUUGAGGCGGCUGUGGAGGAGGCCUAUGCCAAGUCCAUGGUCAAGAUGUCCAAGAUGGCCGGCAACAGCACGCAGCUGGGGACUUUUGCUCCCCUCUGGGAAGUCUUCCGCAUCUCCUCGGACAAGCUGGCACUGUGCCACGCUGAGCUGGUGAAGAAGCUGCAGGAUCUCAUCAAGGAGAUUGGCCGCUAUGGGGAGGAGCAGCUACGAGCCCACAGAAAGUCGAAGGACGAGGUGGCUGGGACCCUGGAGGCCGUCCAGCAGCUUCAGGGGGCUGCCCAGCACCUGCCUAAGGCCAAGGAGGCCUUCCACAGCCGAUGCCAGGAGCUGGAGAGGCUACGCAGGGAGGGGGCCAGCCAGAAGGAGAUGGACAAGGCAGAGCUGAAGUCCCGAAAGGCCGUGGACGCUCUGCGGCGCACCGUGGAGAAGUACAACGUGGCCCGGGCUGACUUUGAGCAGAAGAUGCUGGACUCGGCCGUGCGGUUUCAGGAGGUGGAGGAGUCGCACCUGCAGCACCUGAAGUCCCUGGUCGGCUCCUACAUCCACUCAGUGGAGGACACCCACGUCCAGAUUGGGCAGGUGCAGGAGGAAUUCAAGCAGAACAUGGAGAACAUCGGGGUGGAGACGCUGCUACGCAACUUUGCCGAGAGCAAGGGCACCGGCUGCCACCCGCCAGGGCCCCUGGAUCUGGAGGAACUGAGCAUGAUGUCCUCCUCGCAGGAAGGCAAGGCCCAAGCGCAGCCGCAGCAAAGCCUUCCGCAUUCCCGGACUCGGGCGCAAGGAGCGCGGGCGGGACUUGGGGGAGUCUCCGGAGGCGGAUUCGGGGGUGAGGACGCGCCCUCCAAGGCAGUGCAGCUGAGUGGCCCAGACCCUCCCCCAACCAUCACUUUCCUUGACUCGGCUCCACGCGAACACAGCAGCCGCUUCUGCUCGUCCAGCGACUCAGAUUACGACGAUGAGGACCCCCCCAAAUUCUAUAUCCGGAUCAAGCCCAUCCCGCCGCCCGAGCGAGUGGGCAGUGCCGCCACCUCGGCCGCCACAGGAGCAGCUGAAGGCCUCAGUGGGCAGCCUCAUCCUGCCGCCCUGCGUGGGGGGCACUUGAAAACCUUCCCUUCGGCUGCUGCGGUGCCCACCGACUCUGGCCCGGCCCCAGGCGCAGGAGAGCGAGGUGGUAGACCAGGGAGCGCUGCGACCCCCAACCUGGUGCCCCGGAUGAGCAGCUGUGACGGGCAAAGCAAGCCUGAGGCCCUUCCUGCCAGCGCCUUGUUUGGGCCCCCCCUGGAGUCGGCCUUUGAAAAUGAAGCCUUCGCAGGAAGGGAGGCACCUGAGCCUCUUUCCGAGGCCUCGGCGGCUGUUUUAUCUGCCGUCUGUGGUGGGUCUCUUGAUGGCCGAUUCCUCCACUGUCCGUGGUUGACCCCAAGAGGCAGAAACUCUGUGCCCCUUGGGAAGAGGAAACGGCUGCUGUCCAUGGAGGUUCUCCGUCCAACGAUGACAGUGAAAGUGGGCUGGGGGACUCUGCCAGCCGAGGGGAGCUUUGCCCCUGUGUCUGCUGAGGUCUGGACGCCCCUCAGCCUGGGAGCGAACGGCAGGCAGUGCCUUAUGGUAGCACGGCCCUUCCCCAAGCGGGUCCUGGGCGGUCCCCGUCCCCCUGAGGCACUGGCUUGGCGUGGUGCCCGCUCUCCCGCUCGGUGCCAGCUGCCAGCUCAGCCCUUGAGCUGCACUGCUCCUGGCCCAGCUGAGCUGCAGGAGGAAUCUGCCCCCAUGGCCGGAGCUGCUGGCCUGGAGCCGCCUAUGUACCUGGGAUGGCCCCCAGAGCCUACCUGCUGGCCUCCAGCCCCUCCCCCUUCUCCUCCUCCUCCCCCGCGACCGCGGGGGCCGCAGGCCGGGACCCCCCCCCCCCACCUGGCCAUGGGACCCUCCCCGGAUUCCCGCCUGUGGAGCUCCCGGCCGGCCACGCCCCUGAGCCCCCCGGGCCAAAGGACCCCCAAGGGGGCCAUCGUGUUCCGGGGCAGCCGCGGGACCCUUCUGCCCGAGGACAGACCCAACCCCUGGCUGCCUCAGCCCUCAGCCCCCCAGGAUGCCCGUUUCGGGGCAGAGCCAGACUGGGCGGGAUCCGGGGCCUCGUGGCCCCCUGCAGGGGCCCGGGCCUUCUCCACUUGCUCCCCUGACUUCUCCUCGGAGGCUGGGUUGGGGGGCCGGCGGCUCUGGGUGUCCCGGCCUCGGAGCCCGGCAGCCUCGGACGGGGCCCCUCGGACCGGGGAACGCGACAGCUGCCUCUCCUCCAACUCGGCCUCCUCCUCCUCCUCCUCUCCGGCCCCCCUCAGCAGCGGGGACUCCACCAGCCCCUCUCCCUGGGCCCCCCGGGGCCGCGACCUGGACAGCCGGGGCCCCUCUGCCUCCGAUGCCUCCUCUGAGCACGCUGCCUUUCCCCCUUCGGCCCCACAUGCCUGGCCCCCCACGGCAGCUCCUGUUCGGCGAACCCUCUCCAAGAGACCCUCGGCCAUGUCGGCCAGCAGCCUUGGGGGCGAGACGCCGCGCUCCUUCAGCCCUGCCCCACUGACCGCUCUGACCUCCUCCCAAAGCACCUCCGCCCUGACUGAGCGCGGCCUCUUCAUGGCAGGCCAGCCGCAGCAGCCACCAGCCCUAGGCGUCUCCCGUGGGCCCUCCCCCGUGGUCCUGGGCUCCCAGGGCGCCCUGCCCGUGGCCACAGCCUUCACGGAGUACAUCCACGCCUACUUCAAGGGGCAGAACGCAGACAGCUGCCUCGUCAAGGUGACCGGGGAGCUGACCAUGUCCUUCCCGGCGGGCAUCAUCCGGGUUUUCAGCAGCGCCCCGGCCCCCCCGGUCCUCAGCUUCCGCUUGCUGCACACGGCGCCCAUCGAGCAGUUCCUGCCCAACGCCAGCCUGCUCUUCAGUGACUCCUCGCAGAGCGACCCCAGCAGCAGGGACUUCUGGCUUAACAUGGCCGCCCUGACUGGGCACCUCCAGAAGCAAGCUGAGCAGUCAGGGGCCGCCCCAUAUUACAACGUGACCCUGCUCAGAUAUCAGUACUCCCGGCAGGGGCAGGAGUGGGCCCCGCUGCAGCUGUCGGUCAGCUGGGAGUGUGGCUCGGAGGCCACCCGGGUGAGCGUGGACUACCGCUACAACGCCUCCGCCUUGGCCUCGGCCGUGGCCCUCACCAACGUACAGGUGCUGCUGCCCAUCGAGGAGCCCGUGGCCAACGUCCAGCCCCAGCCCAAGGCCUGCUGGAAUCUGGAGGAGAAGCGCCUGCUCUGGCGGCUCCUGGAUGUGCCCAGCACCCAGGGCCAAGGAGGGUCCGGCCGCCUCCUGGCCAGCUGGGAGCCCCUGGACGGCCCCAGCAGGCCCAGCCCAGUGGCCGCCCAGUUCACCAGUGAGGGCAGCACUGUCUCGGGAGCCGACGUAGAGCUGGUGGGCAGCGGCUACCGGAUGUCACUGGUGAAGAAGAGGUUUGCCACAGGAAUUUAUCUCGCCGGCUCCUGAACAUCUGCGGCCCUGGGAACUUUUCUCUCGAAGUCUUCUGGGAGAUAAAAAUAAUAUAUUUGUGUGUUUUAAAUUAUUUUUCGCCUGGAUUUUAAACAUUGGGGCGGGGGUGGGGUGGCAGCCCCGCUGGAGGCCUGGGAGGUCAGAAGAGGACGUGACUUGGACAGCCUGGAAGCCGCCCCCGGUCAGCCGUUCUCCAUCCCUCCGCUUUGGCUCCGAUUCUCCGUCCGUCUUUCGAAAUGUGGCCGGUGGGCCCUGCCCCACUUGGGAAGCAGCCGAAGGGAAGCUUUGUCUUUUAAUAAACAGGUUUGCUUUUUUAAGGAAAA